CUCGCGAUCUUGACCACGAAAACAAAAAUCCAAGACGACCACAAAUAAUCAAGCAAACCCAGAAUUGGAAAGAUGCCUCCCAAGGGGCGCAAGAAAAAGGCGGCCGUCAAGAAGGAUCCCGAGGAAACGACGAGGAGGAAUCGUAGUAGUGACAAUGAUGUGGAAAAGGAGAGUGCUGGUACUGCUGCUGCUGUCCAAGCCGAUGUGCCCAUGAGUAGCCACGAUGCUUUGAUGGACAGUUUGGACGUAUUGCUGCUCAAGAAACUUCCCAAAGCGUUAAAGGCGCAAUUGAUGGCUGCCAAAAGCAGUAGUAGUAGUACUAGUAGUAAAUCAUCGCUCAAAGAAGCAACGGACAGUUCUUCCAAAAACUGGUGGGAGAAUCCCAAUCGAAAAACGACAGUCCAAGAAUGGGGUCAAGUGCGAGCCAGUCCGUUUGGUGGAUGUUUGGACUCUACCGAGAAAAGCAAAGAGGAAACUCAAGAAUGGCAUCAAUGGAGGAACCAGAAUCUGCCACCCAUCGACUUCCCCAAGCACAAGUACAAUCACGUCUAUGGUCAAGAAACCAUUGAUGAAAUCGAUUCCAUUGGAUUGAUCGCCAAAGAGUCCGCCAUGGGAGCCUUCAACACUCCCAGCGCUAGUACGGCGACUGCUGCUACUAGUAGUAGUAGCACGACGAAAUUGAAGGACAGCAUUGUCGCUGAUACACCCGUGUCGUCCUCUUCUGCCACUACUACUCCAGCUAGUACUACUACUACUACAAAAGAACAACCCUUUUCUCAAACCCAUCACGACUAUGGAUCCACCAAAACACCGGACGAUGCUCCCGUGGGAGCCCUCAAAGACAAGUGGCGUCUGCUGCCACACUUUUUACGCCUCCGAUCGCUCUUACGACAACACAUUGACAGUUUUGAUCAUUUCACCAAUGUCGAACUCAAACAAAUCGUCCAAUCGCCGUCCAAUUGCGAAAUACGAUCCGAUCACGAUCCCAAAUUUUAUCUGCGGUACACGGAUUGUUGGGUGGGAGAACCAUCCGUCCAAGAAGAUUCCUAUUCGUUGGCGACCGUGACACCCUUUCAAUGUCGGCUCCGGGAUGCCACGUACAGUGCGCCUCUCUAUGUCAAUGUGCGAUAUACGCGGGGACGACAAAUUGUGGUCAAACGCAAAGUUAUGAUUGGGCGGGUCCCCAUCAUGUUACGGUCUAGCAAAUGCGUGCUACGCGACAAGACCGAAGCCGAAUUGGCGGCCAUGAAGGAAUGUCCGUACGAUCCCGGUGGUUACUUUGUCGUCAAGGGAAAUGAAAAGGUCAUUUUGAUUCAAGAACAAUUGUCCAAAAAUCGUGUCAUUCUAGAAGAAGAUGGAAAGGGAUUCGUUUCCGCUAGUAUCACUUCCAGUACUCAUGAACGUAAAAGCAAGGCGUAUCUCGUCAUGAAACAUGGACGCGUCUAUCUCAAAAACAAUACUCUGGGAGAUGAUAUCCCCAUUGCGAUUGUCUUGAAAGCCAUGGGCAUUGAAUCGGAUUUGGAAAUGGUACAGUUGGUCGGUAGUGAAGAUUAUAUUUUGAAUUCCCUGGCGCUCAGUCUGGAAGAACCCGCUCGAUUGGGGAUUCAUACGCAAACGCAGGCAUUACGGUACAUUGGAAACAAGAUUCGAGGACGGUCCAAUGCACGAGCGUUUGGAUAUCGCAAACCACAAUUGCCGGAAGAAGAAGCACGAGAUGUACUCGCCAACGUCGUACUCAGUCAUGUCCCAGUGCACAAAUUCAAUUUUCGAACCAAGGCGGUGUUUAUUGGACACAUUACCCGUCGUGUGCUGUUGGUCCAUUUGGGCAAGUUGCCCUUUGACGACAAGGAUUAUUAUGGUAACAAACGUCUCGAAUUGGCCGGGAACUUAAUGUCGCUGCUCUUUGAGGAUUUGUUCAAGUUAUUCAACAACGAUCUCAAACGACAAGCGGAUAUGGUGCUGCAAAAAGCCAAUCGAGCACAAGCAUUUGAUGUCGUCAAGAGUAUUCGAACCGAUACCAUUUCGAACGGUAUGAUCAAUUCCAUUGCCACGGGAAAUUGGGUUUUGAAACGAUUCCGCAUGGAUCGCGCCGGUGUCACGCAAGUGUUGACACGCCUCAGUUACAUGUCGGCCAUUGGUAUGAUGACACGCAUCAAUAGCCAGUUUGAAAAAACGCGCAAGGUCAGUGGUCCGCGAUCGCUGCAGCCAUCGCAGUGGGGUAUGCUCUGUCCCGCCGAUACACCCGAAGGAGAAGCCUGUGGGUUGGUCAAGAAUUUGGCCUUGUUGGGACACAUUACCACGGACGAGGAUGACACUGGACCCAUUGAACGAUUGUGUCGUGACCUUGGUGUGGAAGAUGUGCACCGUAUGACGGGCCAUGAGAUUAACGCGACACAGGCUUCGUUGGUAUUCUUGAAUGGUAUCAUUUUGGGUGCUCAUACGCAGCCACACAAGUUGGUGGCAAAUCUACGAGAAAUGAGACGACGAGGAAUUGGGGCGGGAGAAUUCGUGUCGGUCUACUUCCACCCAGAACAGCGUGUCGUUCACAUUGCCACGGACGGUGGACGGGUCUGUCGUCCUCUCAUUUUAGUAGAUCCAAACACGGGCCUGCCCAAGUUGAAACAGCGGCAUCUGGAAGCCCUGGCACUUGGAACAAUGGAUGUGCAGGAUUUGCUACACGAAGGGGUCGUGGAGUACGUUGACUGUAACGAAGAGAACAACACGCUCAUUGCCGUGACCGAAAAUGACUUGGCCGUGGCCUUGCGUCUGGCAGAAUACCACCCGCAAAAGAAACGAAAACAGUACACUCACUUGGAGGUGGAUCCAUUUUCCAUCCUUGGGAUUGUUGGUGGUAUCAUUCCGUACCCACAUCACAACCAGGCGCCCCGAAACACGUACACAGUUGCUAUGUCAAAACAAGCCAUGGGAACGAUUGGAAUCAACGAAUAUGUUCGCAUGGACGGUCUUAUCUAUACGACAGUCUACCCUCAAAAGAUCCUUGUCAAGAGUCGUACUCUCGAUCUCAUUGAGUUUGACAACAUCCCUGGAGGUCAAAACGCGUGCAUUGCUGUCAUGUCAUAUACUGGCUACGAUAUUGAGGAUGCUGUGAUCCUGAACAAGGCAGCAAUCGACCGAGGCUACGGCCGUUGUAUGGUGUUCAAGAAGCAUCAAACUAGCGUUCGUCGGUAUGCAAACGGGGCGAUGGACCGGACUUGUGGACCGCCCGAUCCAACUCAGUUUCCCGACGGAGAAAACGACAAACGCUUUCUGAAGUACCAAGCCAUUGACAAAGACGGGAUCUGUCGCGUGGGUGAAUUUAUGGAUAGUGGCUCCAUCAUGGUGAACAAAGAAUCGCCCCUAGACACUACUAACAGCAACAUGGGCGGUAUGGAGUUUGGCGCCGUCAGCACGGGAGCUCCUGCCAAUAUGCAGUACAAGUAUUCUGGUAUGGGUUAUCGUGGGGCUUGUCCCACAUAUGUGGACAAGGUUCUGAUCACCUCCAACGAACAUGAACAAUUUCUUAUCAAAGUAAUGCUGCGACAGGUGCGUCGCCCAGAGGUCGGAGAUAAGUUUGCCAGCCGACACGGACAGAAAGGUGUUUGCGGUCUGAUCGUACCGCAGGAGGACAUGCCGUUCAACGAGAUGGGGCAUCCACCGGAUAUGAUCAUGAACCCCCACGGUUUCCCCUCCCGAAUGACAGUGGGCAAGCUGUUGGAGCUUCUCGUGGGCAAGUCGGGUCUGUACGUUGGUCGGCAAGGAUACUCCAGUGCCUUUGGCGAAGAGCAUGGUUCCGCGGACACGGAGGUUGGUGCAGCGGAGGCUUUGAUUCGAGCCGGCUUGAACUAUACUGGCAAGGACAUUAUGUACAGCGGAGCAAGCGGCGAACCACUGGAUGCCUACAUCUUUUCUGGGCCCGUCUUUUAUCAAAAGUUGAAACACAUGGUGUUGGACAAGGCCCAUGCUCGAGCUCGAGGACCGAGGGCAGUACUGACAAGACAACCCACGGAAGGCCGUUCUCGAGAUGGAGGUUUGCGUUUGGGAGAGAUGGAACGAGACUGUCUGAUUGCUUACGGAGCAUCCAAUCUAAUCAUGGAGAGACUCAUGCAUAGCUCUGAUGCGUUCUCUGCUAAUGUUUGCAUGACGUGUGGUUUGCUUCAGUAUCAGAAUUGGUGUCAGAUGUGCCGCUCCGGCGAGAAGGUGGUUGACAUAAGGCUCCCGUACGCGUGCAAGCUGCUAUUCCAAGAGCUUCAAGCGAUGAAUGUGCUGCCGCGACUUCGAUUACAAGACAUGUAACUUUAGUAGCAACCAAAUAAUUUUCUUACUAAUACUUUAAUAAUUCGGUG